CUGGAAUGAUUUCUGACUUCUCUGAAAACCUCUAAGUGUGAGACUCAGAGGAACUCAGGCUGGAGAAUGCCAUCUGAACACUGCCUCAGUAUUCAGGAGAUGCUGACAGGCCAGCGGCUCUGCCACUCGGAAUCGCACAACGACAGCGUCCUGGCGGCGCUGAACCAGCAGAGGAGCGAUGGCAUCCUGUGCGACGUCACCCUGAUCGCCGAGGAGCAGAAGUUCCACGCGCACAAGGCCGUGCUGGCCGCGUGCAGCGACUACUUCCGGGCCAUGUUCAGUCUGUGCAUGGUGGAGAGCGGAGCUGACGAGGUAAACUUACAUGGUGUGACCAGCCUUGGCUUAAAGCAGGCUCUGGAGUUUGCAUACACGGGACAGAUUUUGUUGGAGCCAGGAGUGAUCCAGGAUGUGUUAGCAGCUGGCAGUCACCUACAGCUGUUGGAGCUUCUCAAUUUAUGUUCCCACUAUCUCAUUCAGGAACUAAAUAGCUUUAAUUACUUGGAUCUGUACAGACUUGCUGACCUCUUUAACCUCACUUUGCUGGAGAAGGCAGUGAUCGAUUUCUUAGUGAAACACCUCUCUGAACUCCUGAAGAGCCGCCCAGAGGAUGUCCUCAUGCUUCCCUACUGCUUGCUCCAGGAGGUGCUGAAGAGCGACCGACUCACUUCCCUGAGUGAAGAGCAGAUCUGGCAGCUAGCCGUGAGGUGGUUGGAGCACAACUGCCAUUACCAGCACAUGGACGAGCUCCUGCAGUACAUCCGCUUCGGCCUCAUGGAUGUGGACACCCUGCACACGGUCGCCCUCUCCCACCCCCUGGUCCAGGCCAGCGAGACAGCCACAGCCCUGGUGAACGAGGCCCUGGAGUACCACCAGAGCCUCUACGCGCAGCCCGUCUGGCAGACCCGCAGGACCAAGCCACGCUUCCAGUCGGACACCCUGUAUAUCAUCGGGGGGAAGAAGCGGGAAGUCUGCAAAGUCAAGGAACUUCGGUACUUCAACCCGGUGGAUCAGGAGAACGCGCUCAUCGCCGCCAUUGCCAACUGGAGCGAGCUGGCCCCCAUGCCCGUGGGAAGGAGCCACCACUGCGUGGCGGUCAUGGGGGACUUCCUCUUCGUGGCGGGAGGGGAAGUGGAGCAUGCCAGCGGCCGGACGUGUGCGGUGAGGACUGCCUGUCGCUACGACCCUCGGAGCAAUUCCUGGGCCGAGAUCGCCCCCAUGAAGAACUGCAGGGAGCAUUUCGUGCUAGGCGCCAUGGAUGAGUACCUCUAUGCAGUGGGGGGCAGAAAUGAACUGCGCCAGGUCCUGCCCACCGUUGAGCGGUACUGCCCCAAGAAGAACAAAUGGACUUUUGUGCAGUCCUUCGACCGCUCCCUUUCCUGUCACGCUGGCUAUGUGGCUGAUGGUCUUCUUUGGAUAUCAGGUGGAGUAACUAACACAGCGCAAUACCAGAACAGACUGAUGGUAUAUGAACCUAACCAGAAUAAGUGGAUAAGCCGCAGCCCCAUGCUACAGAGAAGAGUCUAUCAUUCCAUGGCAGCCAUCCAGAGGAAGCUUUAUGUUCUUGGAGGCAAUGAUCUGGAUUACAACAACGACCGGAUUCUUGUGCGCCACAUAGAUUCUUACAACAUGGACACUGAUCAGUGGACCCGUUGCAAUUUUAACCUACUGACUGGCCAGAAUGAAUCUGGAGUUGCUGUCCACAAUGGGAGAAUAUAUUUAGUUGGUGGAUAUUCAAUUUGGACAAAUGAGCCUCUGGCUUGUAUCCAGGUUCUAGAUGUAAGCAGAGAAGGCAAGGAAGAAGUAUUCUAUGGGCCUACACUACCUUUUGCUUCCAAUGGAAUAGCAGCAUGCUUCCUUCCAGCCCCAUAUUUCACAUGCCCCAACCUUCAAACUCUUCAAGUGCCUCAUCACAGAAUUGGUACCAUCUGAAAAGCCAGUGCUCUGUUAGUAACCAUCACCGAUGGAGGAAAAAUCAAGUUUGACUUCCAGAUAGUGGACUUGAAACUCCUCAGUGCUCAAUGCUUCCUUGUCUUCUUUCAUGGGUCUUCAAUUUCAGAUAAAAAGUAGCAAAACAAUUUUCUAAAGUACAUUAUUGGGAACUUUUCUCUGUGUAUGUCAACAUAAAGUAAAAAUAUGUUUGACUUUUAUUGUGGUGUAGCUUAGUGCCAACUGAAUAGUACAUUGUUUUUUCAUGGGUCUUUCAAUAUUCUUUGUACAUGUUCCCAAUCAGCACUGUCUAGGACAUGACACAGCUAAGGCAUUUUUUUUCAUGCAUUAGUUACCUUAAAAUCUUUUGUACUUGCUCCCUUUACUAGGUUAAACAUUGGCUUGUAAAUUUUCUUUUCAAAACUUAACAUGAAGUCCAGCUCAGUAGAUAUUCAACAUUAUGAUGUUACAAAUUUUUAGGUACUUUUAUUCAAGAUGAUAUGUAUACUAGAAAUUGAAAUAUCUAGAUCUUUCCACCUUGGUUAUUUUGACCUUAGGUAAGAACUUUAUAUAGUGUUCCAUUUCUCCCACCUGUUAGAGAUGGUAAUAACUGAUUUCCCUAUUAAUUCAAAAGAAUGUUUAGAAGAUCAGGCAAGCUCUGAAGCUAUGGCUAAGGGGGAAAAAGUUAUGCAAAUUUAAGGUGUUUUGCUGUGCUGGGAGCCAUGUAACUUAAUCAGGACAUGAUUUUUAAGUUUAAAAAUGACUACAUAGAUCCUAGAAUAGUGUAGUAUGGGAUAAUGACUUUUAAAAUCACAUGAGACCUGUUUUUAUUCACUAGGAAGAAGGGUAUUUACCAACACCAAAGAUAUCCCCACCCAUACAAUCCAUGCCUCAAACAGGAACUCCUUUACAUUUUACAAGUCGUGUAGUUAAGUACAACAUUUUAAAGCUAAAAAAGACUAGUUGUACUAAAUAUGAUACCAUCAAGUGCUUUGACAUAAAUUUGAACCUAGAAUUGGCAUUCUAAUGAAGUUUCCACUUGUUUUAAGGAGAUGUCAAUCAGGAGGACUUGUGGGAUGGUUCACUUGUAGCAACACAUUUUAUUACUACCACCUUCAAUAAUGCAUACCAAUUCCUUUAUGGGCUAAGUUUUUGGGUCUGUUUUGUGUAUAACAAAAAUAAAUAAAACAAUGUAAUAAUCACAUUUGAACAUAAAUUCUAUGUGACCUGAGUUUCUUCUCACCAGGAUUUGAGGUCAUCUUUAUUAAAAGGAAGACUUUAUUC